AUGUUGAUAAAUAAAUUUAUAAAAAUUAAACACAUCAAUUCACACUUAUUCAUUUAUAAUUCCAUCCCAUCUGAAGCAACUUUUAAAAAUUACAAUCCAUCGAUUUCCAAGUUUAAUUUAAUAUCAACUAACCAAUAUUACACAUCGAAUUCCGCUAGAGAAUCUGAAAAAUUUAAAGAAUUCUCGAGAUACUUGAUUGAGUCAGAAACUGAGAGAAGGAAUAGAAAGUUGAAGGAAUUAACUGUCCAAAACUACUUGAAAAAGUUAAAGUUGAGGGAGCGAAAUUUGGCAAGACCGCCGCUAAUUUACGAAGGUCCGGUAUACCUUAAUUACUGGCUACGAAGGCGUAGGAGCGGUGCCAGAAAAUGA